AUGUCGCGGGGCGCUCAGGAUUCGACAGGAGGACAGGAGGGAUUGGUGGCCCCUCCCUUCGCAGCGUUCCCCCCUCCCCCCCCUCCUCAGAACGGGCUGCCAGGCGCAGAGUUCGUCCCCGCGGCCAUGUUCGCAGCCGGGGUCCAAAGCCCAGCAGAGGUGGGGGCCGGGGCCAUCAUAGGCAGCCCCUCUGCCUCCCCCAACAACAACUUUUGUGUUUUCCCAGCAGAGUCCUCAGUCCAUGGCUCUCCAGAGAAGGUUAACGUCUCUCCAGAGAAGGUUUGCGUCUCUGCCGGCGGCGGCGCUAUUCUUCCUUGCAGUUUCCCUCCCAACGAUGUCUUCCGCACGUUGGAAUGGUCCAAGACAGACCUGAAGAAAGUGAUCGUCUUUCUGUUCCGCGACAACCGCGAGGAUCUCAUAGAGCAGAGCCCGCUCUACGGUUCCCGGACGAACCUCUCUGUGGAAGGUCUGAAGAGUGGAAACGCCUCGCUCAGGAUCUCCAACGUUCAAGCGGCGGAUGCAGGAACGUAUCAAUGCAUGAGGAUGUGGAAGAAAGGCCAAGAAAAUAUUACAGAAGUGGAGCUUUUUGUUGUUGGAGGGCUUCCAUUCAUUUCCACAGUAUGGGGCGUUUCAGGACACACAUGGUGGGAGGUGCAAACAGGCUGCACAUUGCAUCAUGUAGAUCUAGGAUAG